CAUCCUUGUUGCUAAGGCUGUUAUUGACUGCGACGUUAGUAUUAUCUCCAGCUAGCAACGUCGAAGCCAAGUUCGUCCCCAUAUUUUAUACAGCUGGUCUGUUCUCUGAGAGGAGUAUGCCUUUGUCACCGGAGAUUCAGGACUUCAUCCGUGGGUUCAAAAGCCGCUGGGACCCGUCCGUGAAUGCAGCGUGCGAGCGAUUCUUCGAAACAUGCCAUGCAUCCCUUCCUCCUUCGGAUGCGGAGUCAGUGAUCGAAUGUGAAAAGGAUGUCAAGUACGGGCCAGAUUCCCGACAUCGCUUGGAUCUAUUCUCGCCCGCCAAUGCGCCUAAGACAAACGCAACCCUCCCUGUCGUCGUCUACUUCCACGGCGGUGCGUUCAAAGCGGGCGACAAUACAAUCACACAGCACCUGCAUGCCAACAUCGGUAAAUUCUUAGCCGCCAACGGCGUGAUCGGAGUCCUUGGGACAUACCGCCUGCUGCCACUGGCGCGGUACCCGGACGGACGGGAAGACGUCGCCGCAGCCCUGACAUGGCUGCAUAACCAUGUUCAUCGAUAUGGAGGUAACCGCAACGCCAUGUUCGCCCUCGGGCAAAGUGCCGGCGGUGGCCACCUGGCCAUGGCUCUAUACGCAGGGAGGCUCAUCUCCGACGAGGGCCAGAGCCUGGUGCGUGGAGUUUUGCUCCUAAGCGCCGCGUUGGAAUAUGAUCUGGGUAAGGAGGAUCGGCGUAGAAGCAUGGAGGCGUACUAUGGAACAACCGAUCACGAUGUUAUCGACGCUCAUUCGGCUCUUGGUACUUUCAAGGGGCUGUCUGAUGGGGAUGAUGAGGCUGGAAGGACAACGCCUGAGCUUUUUGUUGUGGUUGCGGAGUGGGAUUUUGCGGAGUGUGUCCGGGGUAAUUUGGAUUUUCUGCAAGCUUACAAUAGGCAGCGGCGCCAUCUGCCCAAAUUUGAGGUGCUUUUGGGCCAUAACCACGUUAGCUACUGUUUGUCCAUCGGGCUGCCGGGUGAUGAAGUUGGUCCGAAGAUCGUGGAGUGGGUGAGGCAGUGUUUGAAGGAGUGAGGGGAGUUUCCAUAUUUCCGUGCUCAUUUCUACUUCGUUCCCAUAUUUAAUGUAUUGACACCAGAAAGUAUAACUUGC